CGUCCCUCUUCCCCUCUCUUUCAUCUUCCUGACUUUGCUUGACCAUCUCUCGCCUUUGGUCCACCAGCAUUCGUCCGUCCGAGUCAAGCGCUCUCUAUUUCUGCCUUCCGGUCGCUGCCCUUGUAACUGUCGCAUUUGCCACGACUCGCGAUUCGAAGCUUUGCAGCCAAAACCCGACCACCAACAAAACCCACCAUCCGCGCAUACCUCGUUCCUCCUCUUCCUCCUCGUCUGGACGCAGAGUCUUUCGCAGCGGGUUCAUAUGAUCAUGGCUUGAGGCUGCCGCCGUGCUGAGGACAGUGCCCCAUCUGCGGAAUCGCAUCCUCAUCGCGAACCGAAAUCUAAAUCCCCAGGCCAAGCAAAACGGCCCUGCAAUCGCGGCUUGGCGACUUCGAAUCUCGCCUAUCGACAUUGACGCAAUCGUCUGAGCCACCCGCGCCGCAUAGCAAAGCUUCUGCGCAAGUCGACGUAUUUUCUCUGGUUGCUCACUCCUACUGCAGCGUCGCGAAUUGGACCGAGACAUCCAACAUCCAACCACCACCAUGGCCGCCCCCGUGCCGAUCCUCGAGCAGCUCUGCGUCACCACCGCCAUCAUUGGCCUGCUGGCCAUUGGCGGUAAGACUAUCGACUCACUCUAUGAGAUGAACACCAGUCCUGGCCGAGACACGGCCAUUCUCAACAAGGCGCUGCAGGAGGUCAAGCAAUGCCGCUCCUCGGUCCACAUUCUAUACAAGAACUUUUCGCUGCUCGAGGCAGGCCAGCUGCCAUACCCCGACCGGGCCACAUGGAUCAGCACCGACGAUCUAAUCGCGACUCUAACGGACACCGUCCUCGCCAUCACCGACCUGCAAGAGGCCAUCGAGCCCAUCGAAUUGUGCCAAGGGCUGGCCGCACGUAUUACGGCAUGCAACGAACAUUCUCAAAGGCUUACCAGUUUGUCCACAAGGAUACGGUGGCACAAUUUGACCAUGAACAUGAUGAUGACUAUCCUAAAGUGUCCCGGUGAGCAGGAUGCCCAGAACAGCAGGCUUGGCCUCGAGCGACGAAUGACCCGGCUGCUUUCCUCCAACAGCGACAUUGCGCUACGCAUGCGC